UUUCUUACCAUAGCUCAAAAAAAUGCAGAUACUACUCGUAUAGAGCUUUUAUUGAUUUUGGAUUUCCAGAUAUUUUCAUUUCCCGUGAGACAUUCGGAUGGUCUCCAGCAGAAGGAAAAUUGCAUAUGGUUGGUGAUUAUUUUAGUCAGUCUGAGUGGGAGGUGAUUAAUGAGGUACUGGGCCCAAAUUCCCGACAUCUAUUUGAGGUUUAUGCUCUCAAGCUCAGUAAUGAUUACCAAAAGUUGAACUUUGAGAAUACGUUUGAAGAUAUCAUGGACCUGUAUCUGGCAUACCUGCAAGUAAGCGUUGUAAAUCCAGCCAUGGAAAAAGCAUUAUUGCUCCUGGAAAAGUUUGCUGUUGAUGCACAAAAUGGGAAAAUCCCGGAGGAUACAUUACGAGUUGGUGCUCCUUGGAGGCAUCCCCCUAAAACAGAUAUAGCAGUGUGGGCAAAAAUUCAACUAAUGGACUUCAUUCAGUCUCUAGUGAAUGCAGGAUUUGCGGUUAAUUACUUUGCUGACUGGAGCCUCGAGUUCUUGGAGGAUCCAGCUGCUGAUGCACUGCUACAGGUUGGUUUGUUGUACACCCAACGUGAUCCAUCCUAUAUUCGCCCCGUCAGCCGUGGGAUCCAGAGGUGCCUUGUUAGAUGGCUUGUUCAAGAACGGCUAAAUCUGAGCUUAAAACAUUCCUUUCACUUCCAGUGGCAGCGUGUUAUAAGAGGCCGUAGCUAUCGGCACUUGUUGAAACAAGUUGGAGUGAAAUAGUAUAUAGCGCAUCGGGCUGUUCUUGUAUAUGGCCUAGUUAGUGAAAAACGCGCCACUCCAUGAAAUUAAGUGAUUCUAUUUCAGGCAACACAGCAGCAAUAGUUCGUCUCAUGGUUCAGAGUACUCUUCUGCCAUCAAAACUACACAGUAAGUCAUCGUUUACUAAUACCUUGUGCUACAUCUUUUAUCCGAAUCAGGAUUCUUCUUAUAAACAAAUAGAGCAUUGUAUAUUUUCUUUGCCUUCAGCUUCUGCUUAAAACCAACUAUCUAUUUUGCUGCUGUCUGUCUUCCUGCCAAUCACGUGGAACUCUACCUUGUUAUCUGUUUGCUGCUAAUAAUCAUGCGUUGUUCGUUUUCAAAAAUUGAAAACAGAAGAAAAAGGUGCCGAAGUUGCAAGAAUCAAUAUAGACUCACAAGAUUGAUAGCUUAGAGUUUGUGUUCUGUAAAUAGCUAUGAUACUGACUUGCAGUUUCCUUUCUGCUGCAGUUGCACGAAUUUUGUUUAUGGAAGUGAAGAUCCAAUUUUUGAGAGUCAA